AUGUUUCUGGUUUUAUACCAGCUUACAUUUUCAUGGCUGCUGCCUAAAAUUUUCGUUUGUUCUUACGAAACUGUAGAUUGGAAUCUCUUCUCUCCAAUUCCUAAGACAAUCAAUAGGUAUGACUUUCCAUUUACUAUCAGAUUAAAAUCUGAAUCAGAUGUAAUCUUUGUUAAAUGUCCAUACUCAUCCUACAGACAUUCGGAUUCUAGGGAUAUAUUUGUAAUAGAUGAUUCACCUGUGAUGUCAGAAAUAGCAAUUUGUACUGAAAGUUUAAAAUGUUUCUGGAGACCCUAUGUAUAUGAUAAAAAUUUAGAUAAUAAACUCACUUGUGGAAGGGUUAACAUAUAUAUAGGUGCUAGUACAUAUAACUACUCUCUCUGGGAGUACAAAUUCAAAUGGCAGUAUGAACCAAGACCAUUAAAAAGUGCAAAGAAAGAGAAAAUAUUAAAGACGCUUCCUUCACCUAAUAAUUGUGGUAACAAUCCAUCUAAAGUGGCUAAAUUUAUCAAAGAUAAACAAGGCAAUAUGAAACGACUCAAUUUAAAUGGAAAUAAAUUGACACAAACAGAUGAAUUACCUCAUGCCAACAAAUUGUAUUACUAUUUUGUUGUACCAGAAGAAAAUUCUGAAUCGGUAUUAAAAACUCCCUGUGCAAUUAUUAGAGCAAUUAAUGAUGAACCAGAAAUAAAAAUUAAUGGACAAGAACAUCCAGUAUCUCCAAAUAAUAUUAAUAUUCAUGUUAUUAAACUAAAAAACAUGACAGAAAUAUUCAAUAUAAAACUUGAGUUAAUGUCUACAGAUGUUCCUAAUUUCUAUAAAGGUGAAAAAAUUUUAAAGAGAGAAGUUAAAUACAAAAAAACAGGGUUAGAAAUAAUAUCAAACACUGAUGAAAUGAUAAUUGGAAAUUUCACAGCACAUCAAUUUAAAAUAUUAGAGUUUAGUUACCUCUAUCCAACAACUGAAUAUAAUAAAUAUGUAACAAAAUUUUAUUAUUUUGCACCAAUGGUAGAUGAUUAUAGCUUUCCAAAUCAGGACAUAUUAUAUCUGGCAAAUGAAACGACCAUUCAACCAAAUUGUAGUAUUAAUGGAAUCACAUAUGGAUAUUUUGAUUCUCUCACUUAUGAAAAUAAAACUAUUAAAUUAAAUGAAUUUAUUAAUAAUAAAAAAGAUAAUUUUGAACGUUUUGGAGAUUAUAUUAUUUUAAAGAAUGUAACAAACUUUGAAAUAAAUUUAAUUUGUCAUUACAAAACUCCAACUGGAAUAAUUAAAUUAUCACAAACAUUUAUAAGUGCAAAAAAAAUAUAUGUUGGAAAAAAUGAAAAAGGAGAAGAGGCAUAUAAACUAAUACCAAUGAGUGAUGUAUUAGAAUAUGAAAAAAAAAUAACUAAAAAGAAUAAAAAAAUAACUAAAAAGAAUAAAAAAAUAACUAAAAAGAAUAAAAAAAUGACGGUUAUGAAAAAAUUAAUUUUUGAAAAAAUCGAAGAUAAUAUUGAAGCUGAUAGUUCAUACAGAAUUAUAAUUGGAAUAAUUUUGAAUAUUCUUACCAUUAUAACAAUUGCUUCUGUAUUUUGUUACAUUAAAUUAAUAAAACCAAUUAUUAUAAAGAAAAAAAUUAUAAAAACAUAUCCUAAUAUAUUUGAAUUAUGGGAUCAAAUAUCAAAAGAAGACCUAGAAACGUAUUCUGAAAAUGGUAUAAAAAAAGAAUAUAUUUCAGAUGGUGUACAAAAUUUUGAAUAUAAAAAAAUAGAAGAAGGUGGUGAAGAAAUUUUUACUGAUACAAUCUCUCUUUUUAAUAAAAAUUUAGUCAAUUGUUUUAAAGAUAUUAAUGAAGAAAUAACUGCUUAUUGUAUUAAUAAUAUAUCACCAGAAAGAAAAUAUAUUAUAUCAGAUGGGCCAACUGAAGAAAAAGUAAAUUAUUUUUGGGAAUUAUUAUAUCGUGAAGAUGUUAAAGUAGUUGUUGCAUUUAUUGAUCAACCAGAUAAUGAUAUUUCAAUUGAUGAUAAAAAUUUUUAUUAUUGGCUUAAAAAAAAAGAAAAAUAUGGAAAUGUAACUGUUCAAUUUAUAAAAAAUUUAUCAGUAGAUGAAGCUUCUCAUUUAUCAAUUACUAAAUUUGAAAUAACUGUAAAUGUAGGAAAACCAAAAGAAUUAACUUUAUUUCAUGUUAAUAAUUGGGAUGAACAUGAAAUUCCUAAAUCUGAUUUUUAUCUUACCAAGUUAUAUGAUGUUAUUUCUCCAUAUACAGGUGAUGGUAAAAUUCUUAUUCAUUCUUCACAUCAACCUGACAAUCGUGUUUAUAUAUUUAUGUAUUUUUCUUGUAUUUUUGAAGUUAUGAAAAAAGAUGUAAAUUCUACAAAUCCAAUGAUAAUUAUAAAAAAUAUUCGUGAAAAUUUUUAUGGUGGAAGUAUUUCAGCUAUAGAAUAUACAUAUAUUAUUAAAGCUCUCAUCUCAUAUUUUAUGGAAAAACAAAUGCUCAUUGAUUUAAUAAAUCAUGGAGAAAUAUUUACUGAACAAUAUAAUAAUUAUAAAUAUAAAUUUGAUAUUUAUGAAUCAUAUGAAGAUAGUUCUAUUAAAAGUUUUAUAAAAUUUGUUGGUUUGAUUGACUAUGGAAAAUUAAGAUAUUUUUAUGAACGAUUUAUUAAAACACAAAUAAUUAAUGAAAAAGUUUUAAACAAAAAAUGUUCCCGUUUUUAUGCUAUUCUUAAAACAGAAAAAAAAAAAAAGAUACGAUAUCCAGAAAUUUCAUGUUUUGAUAGAAAUUCAAUAAAUAUUGGUGGAGAAGAUUCUACUAAUGUUGAAGAAUUUAUUCAUGCUAAUGAAAUGAUUUAUAAAUAUGGUGAAGAAAAAGAAAGAAAAAUUAUUAUGUGUCAGGCACCAUUAAAAGAAACUGUUGAUGAUACAUAUGAUAUAAUUUUUAAAUAUCAGAUUGAAGUAAUAGCAGUUCUUAUUAAUGAAAAUGAAUUAAAGAAGCAAAUUAAAUGCUAUCCUUACUUUUCUUUAAAUCUCAAAGAUAAUAAUUCUAAAAAUUAUUCACUUGCAAAUAAAGGUGGUCAACUUGAUAAGAAUAAAUGUUAUUAUGAAUAUGAUUGUAUUCUUACUCAAUUGUCUACAAACAAAACAAAAAAUUUUAAACUACUUCAUUAUAUAAAUUGGCCUAAUAAAAAUGUACCUUCUGAUAAAAAAUCUUUCAAUGGAUUUUAUAAAAGAUUAAUUGAAUUAAACAAAAAUGAUUAUUUAAUGAUUCAGUGUAGUUCAGGUGUUGGAAGAACUGGUACACUUGCAUUAAUAAUUUAUAUGAUUGAUAUGAUUAAAUUAAAAAAAUCAUUCGAUCCUAUUAAAUGUUUAGAUUAUGUCAGACAACGUCGCUACAAGGCAGUACAAACUCCAAAUCAAUUUUUCUUUGCUCUAUCUUUUCUUUAUGAGCAUUUCAAAAAUCGGAUAGUUGCUGUAAAUACUGAAAUAUAUGAUAAAUUUAUGAAAUUAGUACAAACAUUACUUGAAGAAGAGAAAAAAACUUUAAAUCAAUAA